CAUUUUGCUGAAAUUUCCACGGUGUAUAGAACGGGCCGACGAGUUUCCCAAAUUUUUUUGUUGGAAAAGUCAGCUUCUUUGCGAUAUUAUUAAAAAUUAGCAGUUUGGAAGUUAGUUGUGGAAAUAAUAUCAAAUAAUUAUGGCGCGUUACACUCAACGUCCAGAAAAUGCUCUGAAAAGAGCAAAUGAAUUCAUCGAAGUUGGAAAGCCGUUGCGGGCUUUGGAUACUCUCCAGGAGGUGUUCCGUAAUAAGCGCUGGAAUUAUGCUUACUCGGAGACCAUUAUUGAACCACUGAUGUUCAAAUACUUAUAUUUAUGUGUAGAGCUGAAAAAAUCUCACAUUGCCAAAGAAGGUCUCUUUCAAUAUCGCAACAUGUUCCAGCUUGUGAAUGUGAAUUCUUUGGAAAAUGUUAUUCGUGGAUAUUUGCGUAUGGCUGAAGAACAUACUGAAGCUGCACAAGCUCAAUCGUCGGCAGCUGUUGCUGUUUUAGAAUUAGACGAUCUGGACAAUAUCGCUACGCCGGAGAGCAUUUUAAUGAGCGCUGUAUGCGGCGAGGAUGCACAAGAUCGUUCCGAUCGUACAAUUCUAUUGCCAUGGGUAAAGUUUCUGUGGGAAUCGUACUGCCAGUGUUUGGAAUUGUUGCGUCUUAAUACACACUGUGAAGGCCUGUACCACGAUAUCGCUCGUAUGGCAUUUCAGUUUUGUUUAAAGUAUAACCGCAAAAGUGAAUUUCGCCGUUUAUGCGAUAAGUUGCGAAAACAUCUAGAAGAUAUUUGUAAGAGUACUACCCAAACUACUGGCGUGUCAAUUACUAAGCUUGAAACUCAACAAUUGUGUUUGGAUACUAGGCUUUAUCAACUAGACUCAGCUAUUCAAAUGGAGUUAUGGCAAGAGGCCUAUAAAGCUAUUGAAGAUAUUCAUGGACUUAUGGCAUUAUCGAAGAAAACGCCCGUUCCCAAAACUAUGGCAAAUUAUUAUCAAAAAUUAGCAAUGGUAUUCUCUAAGGCUGGAAAUCAGCUUUUCCAUGCUGCAGCUCUUUUGAAGCUGUUUCAGUUGACUCGUGAACUGAAAAAGAAUUUAACGAAGGACGACAUGCAGCGAAUGGCUUCUCAUGUUCUUAUUGCAACUCUGUCAAUACCACUGCCAUCAGCACAUCCCGAGUUCGAUCGUUUCAUUGAGGCUGAUAAGAGUCCCCUUGAAAAGGCACAAAAAUUAGCUGUGCUGCUCGGUCUGCAACAACCCCCUACCAGGGCGUCAUUAAUUAAAGAAGUUGUUCGACUAAAUGUGCCACAAUUAGCUUCAGAAGAGUUCAGGAAUCUGUAUAACUGGCUUGAAGUUGACUUCAAUCCAUUGAAUUUGUGCAAGCGUGUGCAAACUAUUAUUGAUGUAAUUGAAAGUGUUCCUCCAGAGAACAAUUUACUGGCUCCGUACAUUAAAUCUUUGAAGGAUGUUACCAUCAUGCGAUUGAUAAGACAGAUUUCACAGGUUUAUCAGAGUAUUGAAUUUUGCCGAUUAUUACAAUUAGCAUCUUUCUGUAAUAUAUUUGAGCUCGAGAAGUUGUUGGUCGAAUCUGUGCGCCACAAUGACAUGCAAAUUCGUAUUGAUCAUCAAAUGCGAUGCAUUUAUUUUGGUACUGAUCUAACCGAGAGUCAGAGGGAAGAUCACCCCGAUGGUCCAACGCUGCAAUCAAUGCCUUCCGAACAAAUUCGAUCCCAGUUAGUUAAUAUGGCAACGGUUUUAAAUCGGGCUGUAUCGGUUGUGUAUCCCAAUCGGGAGAAGGACCAACGUGCUAAAUUGCGUGCCCAGAUGGUGUAUCAUUACCAUGAAAUUAAGGAUCGCGAACAUCAACGGAUUUUGCAACGUCAAAAGAUUAUCGAAGAUCGCAAGGAGUUCAUAGAAAAGCAAAAUAAUGCUCGUGAAGAAGAAGAGGCACGACGUUUGGAAGAAGAGACUCGCAAGGCUAAAUUAGCCGAGCAAAAACGGUUGGAGCAGGAAAAUGAAGAACGUGAACGAAAACGUCACCAAAAUGAGAUUGAGGCUAUAAAGGUUAAAAGUUUAAAGGAUAAAAUGCAGCAAAUUUCACAAACAGCUCACGGCAAAAAGAUGCUUUCAAAAUUGGAUGAAGAAAGUAUUAAAAAGUUGGAUGCAGAGCAGAUUGCAGCUCGAGAAUCAGAAGAACUUCAGCGCGAACGCAAAGAACUCCAGUCUAAACUUAAGUCCCAAGAAAAAAAAAUUGAUUACUUCGAACGUGCUAAGCGCAUGGAGGAAAUUCCACUGUUCGAAAAAUAUUUGGCCGAGAAACAAGUUAAAGACAAAGGAUUUUGGGAGGCUCAAGAACAAACACGAAUCGAGAAUGCAAUUACUGAACGCAAAGACGCAGUUGCCCAGCAAGAACGCUUGAAACGGAUGUAUGACGAUCGAGAUGUCUUCCUUGAAUCUCUUAAAAAGGAGCGUGCUUCUCUGUAUAUUGAAAAGCUGAAGAAGUUUGAAGUCGCUUUGGCAGAGGAACGUAAACGUUUGUUAGCACAUCGCGCUGAAAUGCGACGACAAGAACGUCGUCGUCAUUGGCUGCGUGAGAAAGAAGAAGAGCGCCUGCGCAAAGAGGAAGAAAUCCGUAGAGUAAAAGAGGAAGAAGAACGCGUUAUUGCCGAAGCGUUGCGCAAGGAACGUGAGGCAGAAGAAGAGAAGCGUCGCAUUCAAUAUGAAAAACAACGCGCCAAGGAAGAGGAAGCUGAACGCCGUAUUCAAGAAGACCGUGAUCGCUUAGCUCGGGAGUUCACUGAUCGUGAUCAAAAUCGGGAUAAGGCUGGUGAAAAAGAUCGUGACCAAUGGCGCAUGCGCGGUGAACGUGAUCGCGGCGAACGUAGUGAUCGCAUCGAACGGGGUGAUCGUUCAGAACGCAGUGAGCGCAUCGAACGUGGGGAUCGUAUCGAGCGCGGUGAUCGUAUCGAACGCGGUGAUCGUAUCGACCGUGGCGAUCGUGUCGAUCGCGGUGAUCGUGUAGAACGCGGUGAUCGUGUAGAACGUGGUAAUGCAUCUAACACGGAAUGGCGUCGCGAGCGUCCGGAACGUGGAGAACGUUCUGAGCGCGGGGAACGACCCGAGCGCAAAGAAGGGGAAGGUGGCGCAUCCGACUCUUGGCGUGUACGUCGAGAGCCUGACCCGGCAGCACCACGUGCAGCUGCUUCAGGUGCUGGUCGCGAUAAUCGUGAAAUUCGAGAUGGCCGCGAUAGCCGCGAUGGAGGUGAUAAGUGGCGUCGUGGAGGUGGCGGAGCCAGCGGCGCUCCUAGGCGUGAUGAUCGAGAAAAUCGAGAAGGGGGCGGUAACUGGCGAGACGCGCCCCGUGUCGAACGCGAUCGUGAUAAUCGUGAAAAUCGACGUCGCGAGGAUAGGGGCGAUCGUGAACGUCGCGAUCGUGAUCGUGGUACUGGUGGCGGCGGUAAGGAUGCUGGAAAUUGGAGAACAGAACGAGCUUCUGCGCGCGAAGAUAAAGAAAGAAGCGCACCAAAACGCGAGCAACAGGAAAAAGAAAACAAGAGUGGCGAUGAUGGGGAAUGGACAAACGUAAGGCGCCGUUAGAUGGAAAUUAGGCAUUUUGUAAAAUAAGUUGAGAUCAGAGUGAAACUGAAUAUUUCAAAAUCAUACAUAAUUCCAAAAUAAAACUAAAUUACAAUUGGAAUGUUGUAUAUCAAAUGCCGGUAAAGGAAAAAUAUUUUUUAUUAAUAAUUGACGUUUUUAUGUACUUUGCGAAAAUGUUAACUGCAUAAACAAAUGCUGCGCUUAGCCUACGUAUUGUAACCUUAAUAUACUAUGAGGGUAUAAAAAAUAUUUGCAAAGUCUUUAAUUAUCAAUAAAUAUAUAAAUGGAAUAAA